CGGCACGAGACAGCCCAAUUACGGCAGCGGCAACAAGGGAAGGGCAGCGUCUUGACUUUUUUCGCCUGGGACGAAUUCGAAUUCGUCGGUUGCCGCCAUGGGCUGCGCGUGCGGCAAGCGGACAGAUGUGGUCAAGCAGAAGAGGUCAGUCAACAGGCAACAACAGCCUAGGACGAAAGAAUGCCUCACAUUCCCGCCUGCUUCUCUCUCCCUGUCUGGUGCUCCACUCAGCAAUGUUGACGUCGAGCCUGGCCCCCUCAACACCAUCAAGGUGAGUCAGGAAAGCCCGGAGGCCGUGAACGGAGCCCCCAAGGUGACUGCGGCUGACGGCGAUGGCGAGCCCGAGUCGACAGCCCACCCGCUGGCCCCGCCAGCUGAGGGCGGUGAUCUCAAGCCGCCCCAGUUUGAGAACGGCGACAAUGGCCGGAUGCGGGUUGACAGGGUGCCCACGGCGGAUGUGGGUAAGGUCUCGGCGGACGAAGCCGCCAAGAUGCGCAAACUAUCGCAGGGUAGGCGACAAGGAAGGGGAUUUCACGACGGACGGCCUGCCUGCCUGCCUGCCUCAUUGUCUGUCUGUCUGUGUGCUUUUCAUGUGGCUGUUGCAGGCCUCGUUGCAUCCGUUAUCGAGAAGUGCAGCGAGAAGAUGGGCGUCGCUGUGGUGACAUCUGGCGAGGGCGGGGCGGCUGGUGAGACGGAUGAAGCAGUAGAGGAGGACCGGCUCACCUACGAGGAACGUUUGGUUGUGAGGCUCAUGAAUGCCACCACACCCGAACAGACCGAGGAUGCCCUGGAGGAGAUGCUCAAGACAGUCAAUGUUGUCGACCCCAAGGAAACUGACAGCCCGGUGGGCGCGGUGCGGUGCGGACGCACACAGACGGCAGGCAGGCCGGCAGGCCGGCAGGCCGGCAGGCCGGCACAUGGGGGGGGUGGUCGUUAUGUGUGUGGUGUGGUUCAGGUGCGCAAGGCCUUGGCGGAUGCGGGCUGCAUCGACGCGUGCCUGUCUGUGCUCAACAGGCGGCCGCCAUCUGCCAGUUCGUGUGAGGGUGCCCUCGGUGUGCUGCUGGCUCUGGCGCUCAACGACGACACACACGCCAAACUCUGCCAGAAACAGGUGCGCAUGUGGCUGACCGACCCAUAUAUCCAAACAGAGGUGCUGUGCUCAUCCGUCCAUCUGUCCGUCCAUGUGUGUUGUGUGUUCAGGUGCCACACGGUGUGAUGGGUGCAGUGGGUGCGCUGUUUCCUGAAGGCACCAGCGGCAUCUCAGCCUCAUUGUCGGCCGAGGACCUCGCUACCCUGGUCAACGUCGCCUGUCUGGCAUGGCGGCUCCUCUACGCCAUGAUUGCCGGCGACCAAAACAUGAUACAGGUGCGGUGCAUGUCUGUGCUCCACGCCGAAUUCGUGUAAUCAUUUGUCUGCGUCUGUGUGUGUCCCGUGUGUGUGUGUGUGGUCAGCCGUGGGUGGACGAGGGAGGCGUGAAGAUUGCCCUGGAUUUCGCUGCUGACGCUGACAGCAAGUGCGACGGCCACCAGGAGGUCUACGGCUGGUCCCUCGCUGCACUCAGGUGACUGACUACGAGGACACACACCACACCACACACCCAUGAGCAGCCUUACCCACGCAUUCCACUCUGCGUACCUAACGAUAUCGUUGCAGGGCUUUGGCGAGUGGCGAAAAGGCCUCUGCCAUGUGCUCAUUGAUGGUGACUCAGGGGGCCCUCCGCGUGAUCCAACACAGGCUUGCGACCGCCCUAAGCACCUCGCCCCCGCCCGUGGAGGACGAGAGGCGGUGGGGCGGGAUGCGCCUGUGUGUGGAGCAUGCCAUGGGACUGCUGGGCGGCGUCCAACAGAACUGCAGCGAGGUCUCAUGGCGACUCACCCACAGGCCAGUCACACCCAUCGGCGCCAGUGAGACGGAGGGAACACUGGCCAACUCGGCUGAGGUAGGUACGACUGACUGUAUGGACACGGUGUUAACACCGAAAGGCAGGCCAGAUGGGAUGGCGUACUGAGAGUGGGUUUGUAUGGUUGCGUGCGUAGGUUGGUUUGAUGUGGAAGUUGGUGUGUGGGCUGCUCAAGGCCGACCAUUGGAACGAUGACGAGCAGCUGGUGCUCCAGGGAGUGUUUGCGCUCGGCAUGGCCCUGGCCAACGACGUCUCCAACCGGGACGCCAUCAGGUGAGUGACCACUAACUGCCGACACAGACAGACACCAAUAAAUGAAUGAAUGAGAGGAUGGAGAUGUCAUGUCGUUCUCCUUCAUCUUCAGGGCCGAUGGAGGCGAGGCUGCUGCAAAGAUUGCGCUCACCAAAUAUGCGCACCACCCUGAGAUCACCAAGUUCGCCCAGGGUCUCCUGACGCUGCUCACCCCCCAGCCGGGCCAAGAGCAGGACACCACUUCAACCGCCCCGCCCGCCACCAAGACACUCGAGUCUGAGGAGACGGUCCAGCAAGCCCCAGCUCCUCCCACGGAUGACAAGGACGACGGCAAGAAGGCUGCAGAGGAAGAGACAGCAGCGGUGGUCGAGCGAGAGGCGGUCGCCAAGCCGCCUGAAGAAGGGGAGGCUCCUGAGGCGGAUGAGGUAGAGGGUGAGGGCGGUGAGGCUGCCACCGCCCCAGAUGACGCACAGCAGGGAGAGAAGGAGGAAGAGGCGGCGGCGGUUGAUGCCGGUGCCCCUGAGGGCGGGGCUGGUGCUGAUGAGCCGGAGGUCGCUGCAGGUGCUGCGGACAGGGCUGACGAGCCUGUUGCUGCGGCGGAGGCCGAGGCCGACGCCGACGGUGAGGGUCAGGAAGAGGCUGAGGGUGAGGCUGCAGGUGGUGGUGAGGGGCAGGGGACGACUGAGGAGGAGAAGAUGGAGGUGCAGGCACAGGCACUCGCUGACGUCCUCGUAUCGUAA